CACACCACCGAGUACAUGCCCGCCUCCUCCUCCCGCCCGCUGACUCGCGCCGCGGUGGCUGCGUCCGCCGCGCCCGCGCCGCCCGAGUCUACCCAGGAUUUGGACACCAGUGAAGAUGUGAGUGGCGCGGGUUCCAGCGACAGCACAACGCAAUCGGCAACGCUUUCGCAAACUCAUCAGCAGGCGGUGGCUCUAGUAUUGCCCCGCAUCGAACAGCCGAGCGGAACUAGCGGAGCGAGCGGAGCGGCGAACACGCCCGCCUCCGCUGCGGCUGGGGUGCAGCCACCUCCCACCGCGCCCGGCUCUGCGGGCACUGUGGGUGGUACAGCGAGUGGCCCGGGCGCGGCGUCCAACGUGAGCACGUCUCAGCCGGCGGACGCUCGACCGCAGAAACGACGUCUCCAAGCAAGACCGCUUGCUGCGAAACGUACUCGAGUUGAGGGAUUCGAAAGGUCAGAAGAAGUUGAAUACCAGGUACCGACGUCGUCGCGAUGUGAUCAAGAUGACGAAGGAGUGGUUGUGGUUGACUCCGAGGAAGAUGAUGAACGAUGCUCAGGAACUAUGUACCAAGAUUCCCCGGCUCAGUCCCUCGAGGCGGGUGAGGCGAGCGAGGCGGGUGAAGCAGGCAGCGCUGCUGACAGUGAGCCAGCCGCGCAGCAACAGCAGAUAGAGGCCAUCAGCAGCGGCACGGAGCCAAGCGGCACUCUAUCGAUUGGCGGUAACGGAGCUGACGACGGAGACGACAGUAUAGUACCUUCCACGCCGACUUUAUAUGUUCCUAGACGAAAUGACGGGUUCGGCGAAGCUGUGGUAUCGCCGGUGGGCGGCGCGAACGUGGCGGAGGAGGGUUCGGGAGCGACGGGCGCGCGCUUCACGUUCGCGGAGGCGGCGCACCACGACACGCACGCCGACCUGGCCGCCGCGCUGCCGGCGCAGGGCCACUCGCAAGCCGAAAGUGGUGAAUCUCGUGAUAGCGAAGAAUCGCGUAAUGUAGAAGAGGCCUCUGCAGUCAGCUCGCAGGGAAGCGAACCGACUACGCCCCAGCAGCAGGUGCAGGAGGAAGAUCGAGAAGCGGAGGCUAGCUCUACGCCACGGCGAGGGCCCUCGCGGUCUCCCGCCACCUCUCACCCGCAGACGCGUUGGAUGCGCGCUGCCGAUAGUGGGAGUGGAUUCCGUGGCCGGGGACGGGCCAGAGGUCGACCACCGAGGAGGUCUCACAACUAUAUGAGGUUCUAAAUAAACCAAUACAGAUUGUAAAAAUUAAAAAAUAAAUGAAGUUGUUAUAUUCAAGUAUUGGAAAUAAGUGAUAAAACUUAUCAAAUGUACAUUUUGAAUAUUACAUUUAAAAAGUGAAUUUCUUUAAUAAAAAUCAUUAAACAUUGAUUGAAAUUAUAUAUUUUUUUUAAUAUGUAUAACAUUUAAAUAGUUAUUUUCUGUAAUAAAAAACAUUAAACAUAUUUCAUUGAAUUAAUUACGGCGGUUUGGAUAACAUUUCUCUUGAUAAAAAUUUUGGAUUUCCACGGAUUAGGAAUGAUUAUAUACUAAAAUACCUUAUCAGAUGUUUUUAAUGUUAUUCACCAGAGAUAGACAACAUGCCACAGUAUAAAUAGCGCAGAAGGUAAUCUUAGUAUUUUGAUGUAAAGAUUUAAUAUUGUGUAUUCGCUCGUGUAUGAUUUAUGACAAGUUUUAUAUUAUAAGGUACAUGAAAAGUAAACAGUAAUAAUUAUAA